AUUUUGCCUGAUCUCUCAUUGUGCUCUUCUCAAAAGCUCAUACUCAUCACAGGACCAGUGGUGCCCUCAUUCAGGUUCACACGUUUUCCAAAAUAUUCUUCAGACUGUUUUUUAGUUAUUUUUCAACAUGCAGUGUUCUUUUCUAACCAUAUUCAUCUUCAUCACAACGGUCACAGUUGGGGUAGCAGAGUUUUCAGAACAAUACCAAGGGUCGUCUAGCAGGUUGACAAGACAUUUACUGGAAAAACAUAACAAAUGUUCACCUCCAGAUGGGAGGGUAGACAUUUCGCACAACAUAGAACUUGUUCAUAUUAUUGGAAUCAAUGAGCUCAACCAAAACAUGCAAGUUUUGGUUUAUAUUGUACAACAAUGGACCGAUGCGUCGUUAAGCUGGAAAGUUGAAGAGUUUCGAGGAAUAAAACACACAUGGCUUCCAGAACAUUCGAUUUGGAUUCCGGAUAUUAUUGUUUUCAAUACACUUGAGCACAAGAUGCUCCUAGAAGCUGUUCGAUCACCGAUCAAAGUUUCUUAUACCGGUGAGGUCACCUAUGCAUACCCAGCAAUUUACACAGUGCUUUGUCAAAUUGGAAUUGCCACUUUUCCGUUUGAUGAUCAAGUAUGUAAGAUUCGUUUUGCUUCCUGGGCUUACGAUGAGGAUAAGAUUUUGCUCAAUGCAUCACAUAAACCGCUACUCAAAAACUACUCUCCCAACGAGGAAUGGGCACUUCAGGAUGUAGACAUGGCACGAAAAGAAUACGAGCAUGAAGAAACUGUUGUCAGUGAGAUAAUCUAUUACAUCAAAGUUGCCCGCAAACCGUUCUACUACCUUAUCAGUCUUGUGGUACCUAGUUAUAUUAUAUGUGUACUAUCAAUUGCGGGACUGUUCGCCAGGUUUUCAACAAAACAUGAAAGACAGGAACGAUUCACACUUGGAGUCACUGCAAUUCUCAGUAUGGCUGUCUUAUCAUUGGUUGUUACUGAAAAGGUACCACAUAGUUCGGAAAAUGUUCCACUCCUCAUUGUCUACAUGCAUUUUAUUAUUGUAAUGGUUACAAUAGCGACCAUACUGACGUCAACCGUAAUGAGAGUACAUGCUAAGGGUUUCCGAACACAUUUCCUGAGUCCACCGAAUUGGAUCCGGAAAGUUUUGUUAAUUGCUCGGAAACAUGCAAACUUUUUCCAACAACACGGAAAAGUGUAUAUGGACAUUCAUACAACGGCAGAGCAGUGGGGAGAAGUGUCACGAAGGAUGGACUAUCUACUAGCAUCAGUGUUCAUAAUUAUUAUAAGUACACCUACACUGUACUUAUUUUAUAUGUGCUUUCAAAUGGACCACGCAACUGCUGAACGUGUUUUGCUGGAGAAUGCUAAACGGAGAGAUCAACUUUAUUAUUAACGAAAUUUUUGUAUCGUUGAAUUUUCCGAGGAAGAGAGAGUAUUUGAAUGAUUUUAUGAUAUAAUGUUUUUUUUUUCGGUUAUUUAUUUCAACAAAAAUACGCAAUUAAAAAACAGAAGUAGUCAAAUUUUUCGUCACAAUAAGAAAAUUUGCAUAAAAUUUUCAAAUGCCACUCUUUAUCCAUAUGCCUAUUUUAACAAUUCCUUUCGACUAUACAAUUAUAAUAGAAAAUCGUACGUAGUGAUUUGACUUUUCAUAAAAUUUCCACUCUCUCUGUUCCGCAGAAGAAAAAAAUUGUGCUCUGACAUUUUAUUCUCCCAUUUCGUCCAUUUUGUUCCGACACGCUUUCUCGCCCUCUCACCAGUCUCUUUUUCAUUUUUUUUUUCAUUUUACAUUUUCUAGAAACGGAAAGAAUGAACAAUAAAGUGUUUCCGUUUGCAU